AUGCCUGCAAGCAAUCUGUGGGAGAGCGAGCUGGUGGCCGGAGUGGCCUUUCGCCCUCAGAAGUGCAAGCCUUCCCAAAACGGCCGCUGGACGGACAGCACCUUUGCGGCGGAGGAUGGCGUCCGGUUGGCCUACAGGCUUUACAGGAGCGCCAGCGCUGAGGCUGGCCAGGAAGCCCGUCUUCCGAUGCUGAUCUACUUCCAUGCCAACGCCGAGCUUUGCACGGACCUGGAGGAGCCCAGUUGA